AUGAUUGCUGCCGUAGUGUCACCAGGAUCCAUACCAGAGUUCGUACACCCUCCCGUUCCAGGAGAGAGCCACGAUUUUUACGGGAACACACACUUGGACUCGAUAAAACUGCCAGCGCCUGCAGCCGUGCCUAACCCAGGCUCGUCUUCACCCUCGAAUUCUCGCCAGUUCACAGACCCACUUGGGCUUGGGGGGACUAACCACUUUGCCUCAACUACGAAUGGACUUGAAACAAGCACUGUAUCAAGAGACGAAUCCGUGCGCGACCAUAUCUCAGGGGCUACCAUUGUCACAGGGGAGGAUCAUUCGGAGGACUCCUCAGAAGACAUUGCAUGGGCGAAAUUGGUUGAUGGCUGCAUCAAUGGACAUGCCGAGCAGGUGCGCGAAAUUAUCCUGCGGCUGCCUCAGCUUAAACACUCGAUCGACAACAUAUCCUCGGCGACUGGCAUGAACCCUCUUCACUUUGCGGCCUCUCGCGGUCACGAUGAUAUUGUGCGGAUCCUCAUUGACCAGGCGGGAGCAGGUGUUGAUAUCCAGGAUCGUGAAGGAGAGACGGCUCUUUUGAAGGCCUCAUAUGCAGGGAGCCUCGCAGUGGUAUGCUUUCUAUUGAAGCGCGGGGCCAACGUACAUCAGAGGGACAAGGAUGGAUGGACAGCACUACACAAUGCCAGCUCAAAAGGAUUUAUCGACAUUGCCCAAGUCCUGCUGGAGAAAGGUGAGGCUGACAUCAACGCCAGGAGCAAGAUGGGACACACCCCUCUAAUUAACGCUGCCUCCAAAGGCGACAUUGCCAUGGUGCUCUACUUCUUGAAUCACGCCAGAGCAAACCCGCUCCUCAAGAACACAUUUUUGGAAAUGGCAUAUGAUGUUGCCGCUGCCAACAGUGAGGCAUACCUCUGCGACAUUCUUCAAAGCAGCGAAAAACAAUGGUGGAAGGAGGAUCACAGCUCGGACGACCAAAUUUAUGAUCCGCUUGUCCUCCAUAACACCGUUCUUGUCGCUGUCCAUGAGAACCAAAGAGCAAAUGGCUCUUUCGCUCUUUCGUUUAUGGCACCCAAGUUUUCUGCAUCCGCCCUUUCCCAGCAGGAUUUUUGUGGCCCUUGGUCCCUGCCUAGCGGACGACCAUCCACCAAAGACGACGUCCACUUGCCCCUUAUUUCUUCGACAGGAAAUUCAAAUGCGAGGGCUAACAUGCAGCGUGGAUGGUUCUGGAUGACAGAGUGGGUAAUCGACAAGACGGACCCAAGAGUUGAUCCCGAAGGCUGGCAGUACGGAAAAUCUCUGACAGAGGCUAACCACCCAUGGACAGCGACAGCCCCUACAUCGGGAACAAACUGGGUGCGACGUAGAAGGUGGAUCCGAGUGAUGAAGAAAAGGAUGGAUCUGAUCUGCUCGACAGAAGAAGGCACAGAGGGCUCAGAGACUGGAUUGCCUUCUAUUGCGCAGGAAAUGGCUGGAAACUACAUGAAAAGAGCUAGCCUUGCACUGAGGCCAGAGGAAGAGUUUGCUGAUACGGCCCAGGAGCUCUCUCGAUAUCGCCAGGCCAUUCAGAUUUUAUUGAGAGGCAUCAAAGUCGACAAUGACCCUUCAACCAAACUGGUGGCUUCGUCUUUGGUGAGAGAGUAUCUCCAGCAUGCCGAGGAGUUGAUGGAAUUAAUUCGGGAGCAAGAAGAAACCAACGGCGCAUUUCAGGAAUUGGAACUGGAGACGCCACGGCCAUCACUCGCUACUCGUUCACCCAACAACAGCCAAGGAUCGAGUAAUGAGCUGCGCAGUUUGACGCUUCAAAGGUCAACGCCUGCGGACGCAGAGUCUGUGGACGACACCAUACAUCUACAAAACGGACACGACGCUGGUGGCUCACCUGAGAGUAGCGAAGGAAGCAUUUCAAGUGCAACCAACGGUCUCGAGACGGAAGAAGGAGCGGAGAACCGAGAUGGUGAGGCACUUGGGCUCGACGUCCCACCUGAAUUGGAAUCGGCUUCCGACGAAGAUGACUCUCAGGACGCUGCAGGAACUGAUGAACAAUUCGGACUGGGUGCUGUUGCAGAAGUGGGGCUGUCCGAGUUGUCACUAGAGUCCGCUAGCGCUGACGUCGCAGACGCAGAGGAACCCAGCGCGGCCGACACUGUGGAGACGCCAGAUCAGGAUACGAUUGCGCAGGAACCUACAGCCAAUAUACCCAUCCCCAUUCCGACCCAGAGCCUCCCUGAGGUAGCCAUUAUCAGUCCAUCACCGGCUGCAACGAAUGUGGACCCAUUCCCAAUGGCACGUCUUACCAGAAAUCCUCGAUCGGCAACACCGUCAUCCUCCAGUUCUGGACCCACGGCUAUAGCAACCUCGCAGCCACUCUCAUCCAGUCCGUCUGCCUCAGGACAACUUACUAGUCAACAAGAGGCUAACCUUUACGCCAUUCCACCAGAGCUUCAGCAACGGCUUUCAGAAAGCCCUAUUGGUGGCUCUUCUAGUUCAUCACACCCACCCAGUGGCACCUUCAGCCCAGGUGUAGGAUCGGUCGAUUCGCCUCGACAUACUUCGUCUAUGCAGGCCAGUAACCAAGGCCCAUCUCAGGAACGCCCUACGAGCAGAAAUCGCUCGUCUCUGCCAUCCCAGCAACCUCAGUACCACCCUGCUCAGCUUCCAGUUCUGGAGGCCAAGUGGGAGUCCGACCACAAAGCUAUCGACUGCAAGGAGUGCCACCGCAAGUUUUCUCUCUGGCUGAGACGACACCAUUGUCGUCGUUGCGGCCAUGUUGUCUGUGAUCGCUGCUCAAGCCACCGUGCGACUCUUCAUCCUUCGAUGGUCGUGUACGAUCCUUCAUCUAGCGAAGCAUACAUCAACCACCAAGCGCUGAGUCGUCGAGGCACUCUCCAAAGCUAUCGCGUCUGUGACUCUUGUUAUACGACAUUAAGCUCUGGGCGUUCUGCAAGCAUGAACAAUGGGUCUGGUUCUGGCUCGAUGCAGUCCGGCUCGGGAUCCCAAACGCGACAGCAGCAACAACAACACCAUCAUUAUCAGCAGCAUCAGCAUGCUCGCGCCAUCCAUGGCCAGUCUGGGGCACCUCUUUCGUCUAGUCCCGGCCAGGUGGAUGGUAGUAUGGGAGUGUACAUGCACAAUCCGGCCUAUGGUCAGGAUAUGACGUCUCAUUCGUCUUCAAGGAGUUCGAGCUCAUCCAACCUUCACCCUACACCCAUGGUUCGCAAUGCGAGCUCGAGCUCACUCAUGAGUGAGUGUCCUGUUUGCGGCGCGAUUUUGGCUGGCAUGGAAGGCGGUAAAGCUGCUCAGGAGGCUCACGUUCAGGAAUGCCUUGAAGGGAAGCCAGGUCAAGGACGGGAGCCGAUCAACAAUGUCCGCUACAUCGAGACCUUUGUCGGACCCUCAGCGAAUGCUUGA